CCAUGCUGACCCCCACUUACAAACAGCUUUUGGCUCCUUCUCGAGUCUCUGUUGGUUCGGCCUCCUCGCCUCCACUCCAGCCUCCAGCAUGUCCACAAGGGUGACCCAGAAGACCUACAAGGUGUCCACCUCUGGCCCCCGGGCCUUCAGCAGCCGCUCGUACUCGAGUGGGCCCGGCACCCGCAUCAGCUCCUCGUCUUUUUCCCGGGUGGGCAGCGGCUACCGGGUCGGCCUGGGCACCAACAUGAGUCUGGCCGGGGGUUACGGCGGGGCUGGGAACAUGGGGAGCAUCACGGCUGUCCAAGUGAACCAGAGCCUGCUGAGCCCCUUGAAGCUGGAGGUGGACCCCACCAUCCAGGCGGUGCGCAACCAGGAGAAGGAGCAGAUUAAGACCCUCAACAACAAGUUUGCUUCCUUCAUCGACAAGGUGCGGAGCCUGGAGCAGCAAAAUAAGAUUCUGGAGACCAAAUGGAACCUCCUGCAGCAGCAGAAGACAACUCGCAGUAACAUGGACAACAUGUUUGAGAGCUACAUCAACAACCUUCGGCGGCAGUUGGACACGCUGGCCCAGGAGAAACUGAGGCUGGAGGCAGAGUUUGGCAACAUGCAGGGGCUGGUGGAGGACUUGAAGAAUAAGUACGAGGAUGAGAUCAACAAGCGCACAGAGAUGGAGAAUGAAUUUGUUCUCAUCAAGAAGGAUGUGGAUGAAGCUUACAUGAACAAGGUGGAGUUGGAGUCCCGCCUGGAAGGGCUGACCGAUGAGAUCAACUUCUACAGGCAGCUGUAUGAAGAGGAGAUUCAUGAACUGCAGUCCCAGAUCUCCGACACAUCUGUGGUCCUGUCCAUGGAUAACAACCGCUCCCUGGACCUGGACGGCAUCAUCGCUGAGGUCAAGGCCCAAUACGAGGAGAUCGCCAACCGCAGCAGGGCUGAGGCUGAGACCAUGUACAAGAUUAAGUACGAGGAGCUGCAGACAUUGGCUGGGAAGCAUGGGGAUGACCUGCGCCGCACGAAGACUGAGAUUUCUGAGAUGAACCGGAACAUCAGCCGAUUCCAGGCUGAGAUCGAGGGCCUCAAAGGCCAGAGGGCUUCCCUGGAGGCCGCCAUCGCUGAUGCCGAACAGCGUGGGGAGCUGGCCAUCAAGGACGCUCAGGCCAAGGUGGCUGAGCUGGAAGCUGCUCUGAGAAACGCCAAGCAGGACAUGGCCCGGCAGCUGCGGGAGUACCAGGAGCUCAUGAACGUCAAGCUGGCCCUGGACGUGGAGAUCGCCACCUACAGGAAGCUGCUGGAGGGCGAAGAGAACCGGCUGGAGUCUGGGAUGCAGAACAUGAGUAUCCACACCAAGACCACCAGCGGCUACUCAGGUGUGCUGAGCCCAUCUUACGGGAACCUCAACUAUGGCAUGGGCUUCCAGGCCAGUUUGGGCUCUGGCGGGAGCUCUGGCUCCUUCACCCGCACCAGCUCCUCCAAGACAGUGGUUGUGAAGAAGAUUGAGACCCGCGAUGGGAAGCUUGUGUCUGAAUCAUCUGAUGUCCUGCCUAAGUGAAUGACUACUGCUGUCCCUCCUGUCCUCCAAGCCUGCGGGAAAGGAGCUGCUGUGCAGGGGAGCGGCGGGCACAGGAGACCCGCCUGAGGCUCAGCCUCAGUCCUCAGCUUCCCCUUGGGGUGGGAGAGUUUACUGCCAGGGGGACUACCUUUUUCCUAUGUUCACAACAUAAAAGCCAAAACAAGUGUUUUUUUUUUCCAAAAUAAAAUCUCAGCUGGCUCAGCCAACACUA